GGGACAACCAUUAGCCAAGAGUUGCUACUGAUGUCAUUCUCCAGUCGUUGCCAGAAUCAUAUGAUGGUUUCAUCAUGAAUUUCAACAUGCACAACCUGGAGAAGACAUUGAAUGAGCUUCAUGGAAUGUUGAAAACGGUUGAGCAGAACAUUGUUAAGAAAAGGAAGAAUGAUGUUCUAGUGGUUCAAAAGGGAAAGGGUUUCAAGAGACAUGGAACUAAGAAAGGAAAGGGCAAGGGCAAAACUCCAGUUAAGAACUGGAAAAACAACAAGGUGAAAUCUGAGCCCAAGCCCAAUCCACAAGUUGAAAUGUUAUGCUUCCACUGCAAUGAAAAGGGUCAUUGGAAGAGGAACUCUAAGAAAUACCUUGAGGAAAAGAAGGGAAUGAAUUCUUCUAAAUCAGGGGUUAAAAAGGAGUAGGAAGCUAGCUAAAGGGGAAGUGGACCUACGAGUUGGAAAUCGAGCAAAAGUUGCCGCUUUAGCCGUAGGGACACUCGAAAUACCUUUGCCUUCAGGACUUAUUUUAGAAUUGAAUAAUUGCUACCAUGUACCUUCGUUUAGCAGAAACAUUAUUUCUAUUUCCUUGUUGGACAAGGAAGGUUUUGAAUUUAACUUUAAGAACAAUAGUUGUUCGUUUUCUAAGAAUAAUGUGCACUAUGGUUUUGGCCAAUUAUUGGAUGGUCUUUACAUUCUAAAUCUUGAAAUAGAUAUCUAUAACGUAAGUAGUAAGAGAAUCAAGUCUGAUGAUUCUAAUCCUACUCUUCUAUGGCAUUGUCUCUUAGGCCACAUAAAUGAGAAACGCUUACAGAAGCUCCAUAAAGAUGGUCUUCUAAGUUCAUUUGACUUCCAGUCUCUUGAACGUUGUGAAUCCUGUUUAUUGGGAAAGAUGACUAAGAGUCCAUUCAUUGGUAACAACGAAAGGGCAAGUGAUCUUUUGGGACUCAUUCAUACCGAUGUAUGUGGACCACUAAAC